CCUCCCCUUCUCCAACCUCCUACUUUCUUCCACCCUCUCUCAAAGCGCCUCUGUUCCUAUACUAGUCCUGUAUCUGGGUGGGGUUUAUCAGAAAUUUUAGCUGAUAAAUCAUAUAACAUUGCCAUUUUAUUCUCGACUUUAUCCACAUUUCUGCGUGGGGGGCUAGUGAAGAGCGAAAGUUUCCUCCUUUUUUUGUUUCACAACAUAGCAUUGCCAUUUGGGUUUAUCUUUGCUGAAACCCUUCUUGUGUUUGUGUUCUAAUACUGUUGUUAUGGAGAGCUUUGUGAGAUUCGUAUCCAUGGCUCCUCUGCUUCUGCUUCUUGCUCUUCCUUUUGCUUUGGCGGGCCAUGACUAUGGCGAAGCUCUAAGCAAAAGCAUUAUCUUCUUUGAAGCUCAGAGAUCUGGUUACCUUCCCAGCACCCAGAGAAUCUCAUGGAGAGCUGAUUCUGGCUUGCAUGAUGGCAAGGCUAGUGGGGUGGAUCUGGUGGGAGGGUACUAUGAUGCCGGGGACAAUGUGAAGUUUGGGCUGCCAAUGGCAUUCACCAUAACAAUGAUGUCAUGGAGUAUAGUGGAGUACGGGAAGCAAAUGGCUUCAAGUGGAGAGCUCGGUCAUGCCAUGGAUGCUGUGAAGUGGGGCACCGACUACCUCAUUAAAGCACACCCAGAGCCUAAUGUCUUCUACGGAGAGGUGGGGGAUGGAAACAGUGACCACUACUGCUGGCAAAGGCCGGAGGAUAUGACCACCGACAGGCGUGCUUACCGGAUUGACCCGAGCAACCCAGGGUCGGAUCUCGCUGGUGAAAGCGCAGCUGCCAUGGCUGCCGCCUCCCUCGUUUUCCGCCACUCCAACCCCGCCUACGCAAGCGAGCUACUCACCCACGCCACCCAGCUAUUCGAUUUUGCGGACAAAUACAGAGGCAAAUAUGACAGCAGCAUCAGCGUGGCCCAGAAGUACUACCGUUCUGUCAGUGGCUAUAAUGACGAGUUGCUUUGGGCAGCUGCAUGGUUGUAUCAGGCAACCGACAACCAGUACUACUUGAACUAUCUCGGAAAAAAUGGUGAUUCCAUGGGAGGGACUGGAUGGGGCAUGACUGAGUUUGGUUGGGAUGUCAAGUAUGCUGGUGUUCAGACUCUCGUAGCCAAGUUCCUAAUGCAAGGCAAAGCCGGUCGCUAUGCACCAGUAUUUGAGAGGUACCAGCAGAAGGCAGAAUAUUUCAUGUGUUCGUGCCUUGGGAAAGGGAAUCACAAUCUUCAGAAGACUCCUGGUGGCCUUAUCUUCCGCCAGCGGUGGAACAACAUGCAGUUUGUGACAAGUGCCUCCUUCCUGUCCACUGUGUACUCCGACUAUCUUGCUUCUGCUGGAAAAUACAUGAAGUGUGCUUCUGGCAAUGUUUCACCAACGGAGCUUCUCUCCUUUGCCAAAUCACAGGUUGACUACCUUCUUGGGGACAAUCCAAGAGCCACAAGUUACAUGGUCGGAUAUGGUAACAACUUCCCACGACAAGUUCACCACAGGGCUUCCUCAAUUGUUUCCAUCAAGGUUGACUCCUCAUUUAUCAGCUGUCGAGGGGGUUAUGCCACUUGGUUCGGCAGGAAAGCAAGUGAUCCCAACGUCCUUGUUGGUGCUGUUGUUGGUGGACCUGAUGCCUAUGACAACUUUGCUGAUGAAAGAGAUAAUUAUGAGCAAACUGAGCCUGCAACCUACAACAAUGCCCCACUUUUCGGUAUAUUGGCACGACUAAGUGGUGGUCACAGCGGAUAUAACCAACUCCUUCCAGUGAUUCUUCCAGCACCUAAACCUGUUACCCAACCAAAGCCAUCUCAGCAACCUAAAGUCACUCCAGCUCCAGCAUCAUCUUCUAGCCCAAUUGCCAUAGAGCACAAGUUGACAGCUUCGUGGAAUGCCAAGGGAAACACGUACUACCGAUAUUCCACAACAGUGACCAACAAGUCUGCUAAGACGCUGAAAUUUCUCAAUCUUUCCAUAUCCAAGCUGUAUGGUCCUCUAUGGGGCCUCACAAAGUCUGGUGAUUCAUAUGUUUUUCCAUCAUGGCUCAACUCUUUACCUGCUGGAAAGAGCCUCGAGUUUGUCUACAUCCAUUCUGCAUCACCAGCAGAAGUAUCGGUCUCAAGCUACACAUUGGCCUAAGAGAAGCAGUAGCAGCCAAGAUACACAGAAGAGAGGUUCACACAGUUUCUGGGGUUGUAAUGUAAGAAUUGUGCAGUUAUACAAAAUGCAGUCCAGAAAGGUCUUGUUUUUUUUUUAUGCCCUUUCAAACUUUCCAUUUUCACUUCUUGUUUUUUAGGUGAAAGUAGCUAGUUAAAUAAGGCUGAAAGUUGGAGGAAGAAAGGUGUGAAGAGACGGUUUAAAAAGUGUGCUCAUCCUCUUUCACCUCCACUUCCUUUCUAUAUAGUGAUUUGAGAGAGGGAAGUAGUGGACGAUUGAGAGUUGAAGAAAAUGGCUUCACAACAUAUUUCAAGGAGUUUUCUUUCUUUUUGUACUUUUAAAAAGCUUUGGAUGUUCUGUUUUUUUCCUUUUUUGGUGAUGUUGUAAACUUUGCAACAUUUCUUGUUUGUCAUUCGAAUAUAGUUGGAGUAAUGACAUUAUCUCUAUUUGCUUGCCUGAGAAA